CCACAACUUCCACUACUGGUCUUUUUUCUGCGUCUUUGCAAACAACACAAUCCAUACGAGGCUUCAGAUCAGACAUUUAAACGGCAACUUACCUAUCAAGAGACGGAUUCUAGUAUAACAACACUCCAAUUUCCCCUCUGUCCUCCGUUCUGGUAGACACGCGCCUUGAUUGGCGAUCUGCGCUCCGAAUGAGUUCGUGACCUCGACAGCUUUCACGCAACAGAAACUCUCCAGCAUCAAUACCUGUCGCCCACGCGACGCAGUCGCAACAGUCAUGACCACCUCAUGGGCUGGUCAACGUUCGAUUGAAAAUGGCCAUGUCCUUCCAGUCGCUAGUAUCCCUCACAUCGCUGGCCUCCCAUCAGAUGCGACGGAUACCAACAGUCUCCCUCCGUCACGGCCAACACACGCGCGCACCACAUCUUCCCAUGCGAGAGACGUUGCCGACGAUUACUCCCUUAUGACCCCAAGUGAGGCGGCGGCCCGACUACGAACAUCCUUAACACAAGGCCUCCCACCUACAGAAGCUCUCCAACGACUAGGCACAUAUGGCCCGAACGAAAUUCCCCAUGAAGAACCAGAACCUUUGUGGCUUAGAUUCGUGAAACAAUUUCAAGAGCCCCUAAUUAUCCUACUCCUUGUCUCGGCCGGCAUGUCUCUGGUGUUGGGGAACAUGGACGACGCCGUGAGCAUUACCGUUGCAGUGACCAUUGUAGUCAGUGUUGGAUUCAUUCAGGAAUAUAGAUCGGAGAAAUCCAUCGAGGCGCUUAAUCACUUGGUCCCCAAUUACGCACAUCUGGUUCGGGCAACAGGCAAGAAGGUUGGCGCAUUGUCUAGCAUUGGCGUUACAGAAAUCGGGGAUACAAUUGGUAACAGCAGAGCUGAUACACCUGUUGAAGAAGCCCUAGAUGCUGGGUCGACAAAGGUCAUGGCGUCUCAGCUUGUUCCCGGUGACUUGGUAUUCUUCACCACCGGGGAUCGAAUCCCUGCUGACAUCCGAGUUACGAAGUGCGCCGACCUCAGCAUCGACGCAUCAAAUUUAACGGGCGAAACUAACCCAGUCCGUAUCGGUUAUGCAGCUCGAAGCCGCAAACUCCCAUCCUAUACAUCCAAGAAUCUCGAUUUCCCCCAACCUUCCUUUUCUGCGUCACCUCAAGAUUCAGCUACGCACAACGGGCUGGAGAAUAUCGCCUACAUGGGUACCCUCGUUAAGUCUGGUCAUGGUCAGGGUAUUGUGUUCGCCACUGGUGGAGAAACACAAUUUGGUACCAUUGCUACUAGCGUUUCAGGGACGGAAAGCCCCAGGUCUCCAUUACAGCUUUCUAUGGACGAGCUUGGUUCACAACUAAGCAAAGCGUCAUUUGUGGUCAUUGGCCUUAUUUCGCUUGUUGGUUUGCUACAAGGCAAAAAGAUGCUUGAAAUUUUCACCAUUUCCAUCUCUCUCGCUGUGGCUGCCAUUCCUGAAGGCCUCCCCAUUAUCGUUACUGUUACUCUGGCUCUUGGUGUUCAUCGCAUGGCAAAACACAACGCCAUCGUCCGAAGGAUGCCUAAAGUGGAAACAUUGGGGUCCGUCAAUGUGGUUUGUACCGAUAAGACUGGUACUCUCACUACCAAUCAUAUGACUACUACUGAAAUGUGGCAUUUCGGAGCAGAAAAAAUGAUUGAUGUCAUUUCCACAGCUGAAGAUGCCGACAGUGAGCUUAGCUCUGUGGCUUCUAGAAUUCUCCGCAUCGGAAACAUCGCCAACGAUGCUAGAUUAACACAGGACCAUGCAGGUACAGGCGCUGCUUCAACUGCCAUCAUGUCCUCUACACUGGGCCGCUCGAAUACUCCUUCAUUUACGCGUUGGUCUGGGCAGCCGACCGAUGUUGCCAUGAUGGACCUUCUUGAUCGAUUUGGGGAGCAUGAUGCUCGGCCUUCCUUUGGAAUGCGAACUGGCGAAGUCCCCUUCAGCUCCGAUCGUAAAUGGAUGGGUGUCACGAUCAAAUCGGAAAGUAGGGCCGACAAAGAUUACGCUUACAUGAAGGGCUCCAUCGAAAAGGUCCUGGCUGCAUGCGAUACGUAUCUCGAUACAAACGGUCGCGAAAUCGUAUUAGAUUCCGUUCGACGCAAAGAGGCCAUGUCUGAAGCCGAUACAAUGGCUGCUAAAGGGCUGCGAGUGUUAGCAUUUGCCAGCGGGCUUGUCUCUAAAUCUUUCAUGUCCAAAACAAAAAAGGGCGAUGCGCCAGGCUCUCCAAAUCCAUCAAAUUAUGUCUCUGAAGAUGCGUUUAAAGGCCUGACUUUUGCUGGUCUUGUAGGAAUGAGCGACCCUCCCCGUCCAGGUGUCAGUAGAUCUAUCCGACGACUAAUGCGCGGCGGUGUCCGUGUCAUUAUGAUUACUGGAGAUGCUGAGACCACUGCUGUUGCAAUUGGACGUCAGUUAGGCAUGACUAUCGCUGCCCCUGUUGAAGCAUCUGCCAGUCAAGGAACCAUUAAGCCAGUACUACGCGGCGAUGAGGUGGAUAGCAUGACAGAUGAAGCGCUACAAAACGCUAUUCAACACACAACCAUUUUUGCACGAACUAACCCGGAUCACAAACUCAAAAUCAUCAAAGCCUUACAGGCAAGAGGUGACAUUGUUGCCAUGACCGGUGAUGGAGUCAACGACGCACCCGCGCUCAAGAAAGCAGAUAUUGGCAUCGCUAUGGGCCGUCAAGGAACCGACGUCGCAAAGGAGGCCGCAGAUAUGAUCUUAACUGAUGAUGACUUCUCAACCAUCCUCCGCGCUAUCGAAGAAGGCAAAGGUAUCUUCAACAACAUACAAAACUUCCUUAGGUUCCAGCUUUCUACCAGCGCGGCGGGUUUGUCCCUUGUAUUCCUCUGCACAUGUUUUGGUUUUAAGACGCCUCUAAAUGCUAUGCAAAUUCUCUGGAUCAAUAUUAUUAUGGACGGACCACCUGCUCAAUCUCUAGGGGUUGAAAAAGUCGACCACGACGUCAUGAACAAGCCUCCACGACGACGAGAUGAUGCAGUGCUCACUCGAGGUGUCAUGAAGAGAGUUUCUAUAUCUGCAGCGAUCAUUAUGUUUGGCACCAUGUUUAUUUAUUGCCGUGAGAUGCUGGCUGAUGGUGAAGUCACCCGUAGGGACACUACCAUGACGUUUACUUGCUUUGUCCUAUUCGACAUGUUUAAUGCCCUUGCCUGCCGGUCAGAGACCAAGUCGGUUUUGAAGGGCGAAGUUGGCCUCUUCUCGAAUACCCUGUUCAACUGGGCUGUCUCCCUAAGUCUUGUUGGCCAGUUGCUGGUAAUUUACCUGCCGUGGCUGCAGGAGGUUUUCCAGACCGAAGCCCUCACUUUUGGGGAUUUGUUCCGAUUAUUGGUACUUUGCAGCACUGUCUAUUGGGUUGAUGAAAUCAGAAAGCAUCUCAAGUAUGGCCAACGUCGACUAAACAGUGGUUAUAGCCAGGCUGUCUAAUGGCCGCAGGACACAGCAGUUGCGGAACUGGCGAGACGAUGGGUUUACGAGUGUACUAAAGAUGUAACCUUGUUAUAUUAGAUUUGUUAAUAGAUUAUUAUUUAUUU